UCUGGUUCUUCCCUUGGGCCACGGAUACGAGCAAAGGGAACUUUGGACAGCAACAUGGAAAACUUCUUUAUUCCACGUAACACUCCUGGUGCACAACUUGGAUUGCUUGGCACUGCAUGGAAUAAAGAGGCUCACCAACAAGCCAAGGUGGCGUGUGCUAGAUUUUUUAUCUACAACGAUGUUCCGUUCAAUGCUAUUUCUAGUCCAUCUUGGGACCAAUUGGUCACCGCGUUGACUGUGGCAGGUAAGGGGUUCAAGUCCCCAAGCCGUUACGAGGUAAGUGGACUGUUAUUGCAGGAUGAGGUCCAAAACACUCAUGCAUUAGUGGAAGAGCAAAGGACUAUUUGGGAAAAGAAUGGCUGCACCAUUCUUUCUGAUGGAUGGACAGAUGGUAGGAAUAGGACACUCAUCAACUUUCUAGUUGCUUCAGGAGGACAGUUAGUAUUUUUAAAAUCAAUUGAUAUCUCCAAUGAAGUGAAAAAUGCGGAGACCUUGUGCAACAUGUUGGAUGAGGUGGUGAUGGAUGUGGGAGUGCAGAAUGUCAUCCAAGUUGUGACUGAUAAUGCAGCUGCAUAUGUGGCAGCCGACAGACUUCUAAUGGCUAGACAUCCGACAUUAUUUUGGAGCCCUUGUGUUGCCCAUUGUCUUGACUUGCUCCUUGAGGACAUAGGGAAACUAAGUUGGGUAAAGAAAGUGGUUGAAGAUGGAAGGAAUAUCACCAAAUACAUCUACAAUCACACAUGGGUCCUGAAUCUUAUGAGAGAGCACACUGAAGGUAAGGAUCUUGUGCGAUCGGGGGUCACACGCUUUGCUACCAAUUUCCUCACCUUGCAGAGCAUACUUGCUACAUUGCCCAACCUGAAGCGGAUGUUCGUGAGUGAAAGAUGGUUGGGGAGUCCUUAUGCUACAAAGCCUGAAGCAGAGAAGGUUGUGAUUGCCAUUUUUGAUACUAAUUUUGCCAAGAUAGUGGAGGAGAUCAUCAAUGUGUCGGAACUGUUGGUGAGGGUGCUACGAAUGGUGGAUGGGGAUCAUAACUCCAUGGGGUAUCUAUACGAGGCCAUGGAUAAGGCCAAAGAGGUGAUUCAACACUUGUAUGGGUCAAACAAGACCAAGUAUGAACCCAUAUGGCGCAUAAUUGAUCGGAGGUGGAACCAUCAACUCCACCAACAUAUUCAUGCUGCUGCCUACUUCUUGAAUCCCAAGUUUUUUUACUCUCCGAGUUUCAGAGCAGAUGUAGAGGUUAGAAUUGGCCUUGACACAUGCAUUCGGAGAUUAGUUGAUGAUGAGAUCCUUUGAGACCUGAUACUUGAUGAGUUGCAGAGCUAUAAGAAGGCCUUAGGGGAAUUGUUUUCUUCACCUGAUUGCAAAUGUAGGAGAGCCACCUUACGACCAGAUUUGUGGUGGGAAGAUUAUGGUGCCACAACGCCUAAUCUUCAAAAGCUUGCCAUCCGCAUAUUAUCACAGCCUUGUAGUGCUUCUGGUUGUGAGCGCAACUGGAGUGUUUUUGAGAACAUCCACACAAAAAAGUGCAAUAGGUUGACUCAACAACGCUUGAAUGGUCUUGUCUAUGUGCGGUACAACAUUCGAUUACAUGAGAAGAAGGUGCUAGGGCAAGAUUCACAUGAAGCACUUGACUUGGAUGACAUUGAUCCAUAUGCAGCAGAAUGGGUUGCUUCUCCUAAUGAUGUUGAUAAUGAUUUGGAUCCAUUCCUUACUAAUGAGCAGCUGAGUGAGUUGGAGAGGGCAGGAGAGGAAUGGGAUGCGGAAGUGGCAGCACGUGAGGAGGAGUAGGAGGUUGAUCAUGCAGCAGAGGCACCUGUUAGUGUUGAGGAUGUUGCCACUACUUCAGGACCACCCACCCAGCGGCCACAAUCUGUUUUGAGCUUUAGUCGUAGACGCAAUUUAUGAUUUCUUAUUUUCAU